AUGGAUACAGAAGGGAGUAUUUCCACCAUUAAGGCACUUUUUAUAAGAGAUCCUGAAGCUCGAGAAGCAGAAGUAAUUUGCAGCUAGUUUAAAUCAUUCCUCUCUAUGUGCCAAGCACUAAUUCAUAGUUCAAGUGACAUAAAUCAACAUUUAUUUCGCACUAAAUACGAAAAAACCAUCAUCCGCCUUGCUGUGGAGUGUCCUUUACUUGACAUAAAGCAAGCAAGUGAUGAAUUUCUUCGAAUUAAUCGAAUUGUAAAGGUAAAUUAGGCAUAUGAUCCAAGCUUUGUAGAAACAGUCAGCGCUUAUAUUCCUGCAAGUGAAAUCAAGCCUUUAAGCGGUGAAGCAGAUUUUAGGUCUGAUCGAGAAAAGUCGCUUUAUAUGACGAUUAACCAAGAACUGUUCUUCACGCUGGGACGUGUUACACAUUUAGAUAGGAUAAUGGGAGCUUUCCCGGAUUACAUGCAAAAGCAUUGUGAAGUAAUAAAAGAAGUUUUAUUUGAAAGUGGACCAUUACAAUUUGAUUGAAGAAUCUAUAUCGCAUACAUGGCUUCUGCAGCGCACAAAUGUGAUUAUCUAAUGAGCACUUGUGAAGAACAAGGAAAAUUAUAUGGAGGCAAAGCAAGUUGAUUUUCCCCUCAAGGAUUAUCAGAAAUCCCAGCUAAAAUAAAAGAGCUAAGCACUGCAAACUUGAAGCUUGCACAUAGACCAUGAGAAUUUGACGAAAAUGAUAUACAUGCUUUGCUUGGAAAUUGACAAAUUUCUGAACUGUGCCAUGCCCUUGUGAUUUUGUGUGUAUUUCACUCAUUAUCCAGUAUUGUUCUGGGGCUAGGGAUUUGUCCUGAAUAUGAUUUGGUAAAGCAAAAUAGGAGAGCGUCGAUAUCUGAUGAUCUUGAAGAGGAUGAAGACGAUUAUGACAGAAUAGCAGGCGGGUAUUUAACGUAUACUCAUUAUGAUAUUUCUGCUCAUAGAAGACCAGUACGACCUAGCGAUUUCAAUUGAAAUGACCAAGGCUUCAAUAUUAUUGAAAAAUAUCUGCCUGGAAUUGCAGAAAAAUUGAUGAAUCGAAUAAGAUAACACAUUUUUCUGCAGCUUACCUAUAAAUUUAUCAAUAAAAUCCUAUUUUCCACACAAAUAAAUAAAAUAUCACCAUAAAUUCUUUUAAAAAGUCCUUAAAAAUGUUAUAUACAUUUGUUAUGACUUUUGAUACAAUCGGCGGCGAAGAAGGUAUAAACACAGCUAACUUAAGACGAGCCAUAUGAAUGUAUACACAAAGGGUAUACGGCCUGGAAUAUGAUGAUUAUGAUUAUAGUAAUGUUAACGAGCAAAUAAAAAGACAGACUAAAACUUACAUAAAAGAGGUAGCCUGCGCUCCUCAUAGGGUAACAAGACGCCACAUAGAGCUUAUAGACAUGAAAUUAAUAGCUGAAGAUAUAAUUCACGUUAAUUUCCUUAUAUGUGAAGCUAGACUUGAAACUGAGCUUAUCUACACAACUAAUGCAGUUCAAGCAUUCAUUUAA